CCCAUGUUAUCCUUUAACAUGAACCAAUGGAGCCCUUCUUGGACCUUGCCUUAUCUAUUCAGGCCUCGCUCCCAUUUACUCAAUUACGACCUCGUCUGAUUUUGCGCAAAGAAUCUGGAUUGUGAUAAUCUGCGUUUCGGCCGGCUUCAAUAAAGAGACCUUCACCAGCGCGCUUUCGAUUUGUUUAUUUGCCCCGUUGUGUUAUUGCUGCUGUGUACACUGUCGUGUACUUCAACUGGCCUCCCAUUUGCGGCAGUUCGUGAUUGUACGAGUCAAACAACAAUCUCCCUUGCGACAAAAGGUACGAAUACCAGAGCAACAACUCCCCUCGCGACACCCAUUUCUACCUCGAGUAUGUCCGAUGCACCCCAAGUCGUCCCCAGCGAGGGGCCGCAAGUCGUUCACAAUGACCAAGCACCGCAGGUUGUCCCAAGUGACCACCCCGAAGCGCUACACCGUAAACAGAGUACCGGUCUAGUCGAAAUACAAGGACCUAAUGGUCAGGUCAAGAGAGUCAAUCUGGAAGGACUGAGCGAUGCCGAUGCUCAAUUGGCUGCUCAGUUCGGUUACAAACCUGUGUUCAAGCGAGAGUUUGGAUACCUCUCAACCUUCUCCUUUGCCGUCAGCAUUAGUGGUCUCUUUUCCACUAUUAUGACGACUUUUGUCUAUCCUAUAUCUGCAGGAGGAUCCGCUGCUGCAGUAUGGUGUUGGUUGAUUUCUGGUGCUGGAUGUAUGUGUAUUGCUGUAUGUAUUUCAUGAUGCAACUUUACACUGAAAACUUUAAUUGCCACACCUAGCCCCCUUUUAAUAGCACUACUAAUUUGCCGAACAAAAGUUGUCGGUAGCAGAGCUUGUUUCAGCAUACCCCACGUCAGGAGGCUUGUAAGCGACCUUUCCUGCGAUUUCUUCCAGUGCUGCCCGACGCGAGUAGUCACUAAUCCCCCGCCUCAGAUACUUCACAAUUUCCAGGCUUGCCCCAAAAGAAUGGGUUCCAUCUCUUAGCUGGUACGUUCCAAUUCCGAGAAACACAAAAAGCGGUGCAUUUACAAAUUGUAUAGGGUUACCGGUUGGAUAAAUUUGCUUGGGCAGGUGGCAGGAGUAGCUUCAUCCGAAUAUGGAGCUGCACAGAUGCUCUUAGCAGCAGUAUCGAUGGGCUCUGAUUUCGACUACGAAAUCACAACGAAUACUACAAUUGGAGUGAUGGCAGCUUUGACGGUUCUGACGGGGCUAGUCAAUUCGAUGUCAACAUAUUGGAUGGAAAAGAUGACAAAAGGAUAUGUAAUUUUCCACGUUCUGGUUCUGGUCUCGUGCUCAAUCGCUCUUUUGGCCAAAACUGAGAACAAGCAUGAUGCGAAAUACGUUUUCACGAAUGUCGAGUCAACCUCUGGAUGGACACCAGUUGGAUUCAGCUUCUUGUUUGGGUUCUUGUCUGUCUCAUGGACCAUGACGGAUUAUGGUAUUCUAAAUUCUCGGUUUUCAUGAGUUUAUAAUGCUAAUGUUAUUCAUAGACGCCACCGCUCACAUUACCGAGGAGUUAGUAUUUAUAUAAAAACCGGAGAAUUGUGUAAUUUGCUGACAUUACCCCAGAAUAUCCCAGCCAGAAGUUAAAGCUCCCUGGGCCAUUUCAAUGGCAAUGCUUUUUACCUAUCUCGCUGGAUUUCUCUUCAACAUUGUACUGUGCUUUUGUAUGGGUGACCCUAACGAAAUUUUGGCUAGUCCCCUCGCCCAGCCAGUAGCACAACUCUACUACAACAGUCUUGGAAAAUCUGGCGGUAUCUUCUUUACCGUCUGCGGUUUCAUCAUUAUUAAAUUCGUAUGCUUCACUGCCAUGCAAGCUCUCGGUAGAACCGUUUUCGCAUUUUCCAGAGAUCGUCUAUUACCGGCGUCUUCCGUCUGGACACAAAUAAACACCUUUACUGGAACUCCUCUUUAUGCCGUCUGGACAUCCGUUUUCUUUUGUAUUCUGAUUAAUUUGAUUGGUCUUGGAUCAUAUGCCGCCAUUGCUGGUGUUUUCAAUAUUUGGUAUGCGAAUUUGAUAUUGAAGCAUUCGAGACUUCGCUAACCAUUUGACUAAUCUUACAGCGCUAUUGCUCUUGAUUGGAGUUACAUAAUCCCAAUUGUAUGUAAACUAGCUUUCGGGAAAUUCGAGCCUGGACCAUGGCACAUGGGUAAGUACAGCGUCUUCGUCAACGGGUGGUGUUGUAUCUGGACUCUAUUCGUUACUAUCAUCUUCCUCCUCCCCACAGUUCGUCCUGUGGCUGCUGAUACCGUAAGUUUCUUACCCAGUCAUCCAUGCACGUCAUUAUUUCUAAACAAAAUCUCUAGAUGAACUACGCAUCCGUGUUCCUGGUUUUCAUCCUCUUCUGCUCCGCAGUCUUCUGGUAUAUUAGCGGAAAGAAAUACUACACUGGUCCAAUCGUUGAGGCCGUUGGGAACGAUUCCGAAGCUGAUAAUUCGGGACAUUCUCUGGUUGGGUCGACAAAGGUUGAGAAAUCUGAGAUGCCUGCGUAGAGUUGAGUUUGGAUUGAUACCCUUUGGUGAUUUUCGGAUAGCGUAGAACAUCUAUUCAAG